GGGAGAUGUCUGUUGCAAAGCGGAUCGGUGCAGCAGAGAGUUAAGCGCGCAUUUUGAGAAGCCAUCUGUUUUAUUCGCGUCCAGCCCAGCCGGUGCAUGGAGGGUUUCAGCAUACACGCCGUCUGCAGCGCCGAACAGGUUCCCUGCAAGCUGCGAUGUGAUGUGGAGGCGUUGCAGUUCACCGCUCCCUUGCCAGUCUCCCGGCCGGACGCUCUCGUGCUAUUUAGCCGUGGUGAUUGGCGCUGCUUCUCCGCGGACACGGUGAUCGACGUGCAGGUGACCGGGGGAGAGGGGGGGCCUCGGACUCUCGGGACCCUGACCCCAAAAAGCAAGUGCCUGUACUGGGAGCGUGGAGUGGGAGAGAACUGGGAAGACUGGGAGACUCUGAGGCUCCCAGUUCAAGGAAGGUUGCUGGGGAAGGGUCCGGUCCCGGGUUCGGAGGAUCCACAGACCACUCUCUGCAAGACUGAGAAAACGCCCAAGCUCUCUGCUCCCCAGCUCCAGCCCCCCCACCCCCUCGCCCCUGCUGUGAAGGAGUCUCACGGGAAGAGGAAACGAGGGCUGAGAGUGAAGGAGGAGGAGGAGGUGGGGGGGGGAGACGAGGAGAACGCUUGUCCCAACAGCCCCCCCUCCUCCAAACGCACCACCCCCCAGCGCAGAGUCAAACCCACGGCCCGCGGCAGCCAGACCCGGCUCUUCGAACCCGCGCAGGGGUCCGGGAAGAGCGGGGGUCCCCGAGCCUCCACUGCCCCCGCCGGCACAGGAGGCACUCCCUCCGGCCGGUGGGGCCAGGCCCUGUGCUCUAUCGGGGGGCAGACUGCCCUCCUGAUCGGGGGUCAAGGAUCCAGAAUGCAGUUCUGCAAGGACCCCAUGUGGAAGCUGCACACAGAGACCUGUUCCUGGGUCGCCGCGGAGACGAUCGCCGCCGCCGGCCCCACCCCCGAGUGCCGCAUCGGCCACACCGCGACCUUCGACCCAGAAACGGAGCGCAUCUACGUCUUCGGAGGCUCCGAGAACAAAAAGUGGUUCAACGAUGUCCACAUCCUGGAUACGAAGACGUGGCGCUGGUCCACAGUGGAGGCAAUGGGUAAGGUGCCGCCCCUGGCCUAUCACAGCACCUCCCUGUUCCGCGGGGAGCUCUUUGUGUUCGGGGGGGUGUUCCCAAUGCCCCACCCGGAGCCCGACGGCUGCAGCGACUCCCUGUACAUCUUUGACCCGCAGCACGAGAUCUGGUACCGGCCCAUUGUACUGGGAGAGGGACCGGCCGCGCGAUCGGGUCACUCUGCCUGUCUCAUUCAGAGGAAGCUGUAUGUUUUCGGAGGCUGGGACACUCCUGUCUGCUUCAAUGACAUGCAUACACUGGACCUGGGUCUGAUGGAGUUUUCCAGAGUGGAUGUCAGCGGAGCGCCCCCUUCGCCUCGGAGCUGGCACGCCUGCGCCGCUCUGUCCGACUCCAGCUUUGUGAUCCAGGGAGGGUACGACGGGAGCGUCGCCCUGAAGGAUUCCUUCAUCUUCAGCACCGUAACAAACAGCUGGACAGCCCUGCUCCACCCCAUUCUCUCAGCAUUGCCCAGAGCAGGGCAUUCCAUGGUUACCCUGACAACAGCAGCAGAGGAGGAGGAGGAGCGGUCCGAAGACUGGCGGCCGGAGCCACGCCCCCACACUCUACUGAUCUUCGGGGGCGGGGACAAUGAGGGCGGGUUCUACUCUGACACUAUGACGCUGAAGAUUGACGAGGUGCUCGACCAAUAGGCUGGAUGCAAAAAUAUAAAAUAU